CUUUUCUUUCAUUUUGUUCACACUUGAGCUGAGAGAAGUGCCACUCUCCUCCAUGCUGUUGCGCUGUGUGCAGAAACUGGAUGGGAGGCUCGCACAAACACUUGAUAAAUCAGUGAGGGUAGAAUUUCCCAUAUAUUCUGAUCUAAGAGCCCCACUGCUUCAUCCAAACUCUUAACCUCUGCUUUUGUUGGGAGAGAAAUGGUAAAAGUUCUCUGAUCAGAGUCCCAUCUUCCUCCAGCGCCAAAGAAACAAACGCAGGCCUCUCUGGCUGGCCAAGGGAGUGAACUCUAAAUAUAGCGACCAUACGGCCUCUCGCGCCUCUCUUUUGUAACCAUUCGAAAGCUGUCGCGUGGCCUUUGCCAUCUGGCAGGGGGGUCUUUUCCUCAGGGGACGAGCUCAUUUGCUCCAAUGACUUUACUUCUAAUGCCAAGCCCAAUCAGGCCUUCUUCCUCCCGGAUUAGUUUUCGAUAGGGCCUAAUCAAUGUUUCAUUUUUAGCCAUCGCAACAUGGCAUUUUUCAUUUGGGUCCCCUCUGUCUCUGUCUCUUGCCCCACUUUCCAAUCUGCUAUGUUGAAUUUUUAAAACGAUUAUUCCCAUGCACCCAACACUUUCCCAACUUUGGUGACAGCCUUCUUUCUUUUGAUCAUUUACCAAGGUAUGCAUAAUUUAUUCAUAUUUUAUUAUUUUGGGGUUCCAUUCUAGUGUAAAAUGGGUCAGACUCUUAUGUCUUGGUGUUGGUAUAGGUAAGUAAGGUAAUGUUAGCUGCUGUAUGUGUGUUGCCUGGAGAAUAGUUGGUUUCUCUGUACGUCAUAGAGUAUUUUUAGUUGUUGUGGUUUAUUUUUGAGAGCAGAUGGCUGUGCUGUUCUGGAGAAGUGCCUGUAUAUUACUGAAAUCUCACCUGCAGAUGUAACUCUGUAAUCCUCACCUUUUUAUUUUGUCAUUUAUCUAUUUAUUAAUUUUUACUUCAGUUUUGCUUACUUGUUUAUGCAUGCAUACAUUGUGAAAGAAAUUGUGUGCACGCCAGGUUUUUGUAGGCAGGUGGUAAUAGGGGUUCUGUAGAGCUGAAUCUGGAAGGCAUUUUGUGUGCGCUCUAGUUCUUUAGUUCUUUUUUUGUUUUGGGACACUGAACUCCACAGGGCAGUGUGUUGGGCAUGUCAGGAUGUUAAGUGGUGUGUGAAUGACCGUGCAGUUAAGCAAGCGCACUGCUUAGCCUUUGGGACUUGCGUACACACACACACACACACACGACACGCACAUGUACAUAGAAUAGAGUGGACUUGAAGAGUCCUUGUACUGCGUUGGUGAUAUAAAUCAGCAUUCUUGCUUGGGGAAAAACUGCAUAUUCAAAUCCCAAGAGACUUUUUAAAGCUGACCAGUUGGUGGAUUUAAUCAGUUUAGUCCGACUUGUUGUUGUCCGUUUAGUCUGACAGUACACUUUUGCAUCUCCUCCCAUUUCCUGUCAUCAAAGGGGAAUUUUUCAAAAUUUUAUUCAGAGUGGCUUGAGGUCAUAUGCGCCAUCCUAGAGAAACUUAGAGUCAGAGUUGUUCACAGCUGUGGUGAAAGGAACCAGACCCCUGAAGUGGUUAAAAGCAUCCACAGAGGAAGCUAUUACAUGAAAGGAUUAUAAAUAUGUUGACUGAUGUAUUUUUUUUUAAUCUGUUCAUGGGGAGAGAUACAGGAUAUUAAAGACAAAAUAGGACCUAAGUAUUUUUUUCCAGAUGUGCCACUAUUAUACUAUUUUCAGUGUUAUAUAUAAAACUCAGAAGACACAUGUAGGUUCACUGAUGUUUUUGGAAAGGACAUUGAAUGGCCGUAUGAUCCCUGGUUCCUAUCACCACAAAUAUAAAAAAGUAGAAAUCUGAGUUGGCAAGUUUUUCUGCGGUGACCAUUUCACAUCAAAUUACUGUGAACGCUUUUGUUUAUAUUAUUUGAAAUAUGCAAAAACUUUGAGAAUUUAGUGGAAUUAAUCUUUAAGAGUGUUCAGUCCAUCCCAAACGCUCAGGCGAUCCCAUACAUUCCCAAAACUUGUGGUGUUUGUGCUGCUCUCCACAAUCUGUUGUUGUUUUCCACUUGUUACUAAUAUGACUGUGGAAGGUUUUCUGUUGGCCAAAACAUGCGUGAUCCCCUCAGGAGAUUACUGAUGACAGACUUCAAGACUCUUUGUGCUAAUGACUCAUGUAGUUAAAGAAGUAGCUCAACUGGAUAUGCUAAUAUUGCUAACAAUGAAUACAAGCCAGUAACUGUCAAAUAGCAUUAUGUAAUUUGCAUAAUGCAAAUCUUUGGCUAUUCACUUUCAUUCACUGUAAACUAUGCUUUUCAACAGCUUUGGUAAGUAUUUUACUCUUGCAGUCCAUGGAUUGUAGCAAGGUAGUAAGUAGUAGGUGCCCUUUCUAUGAUCAUAGUGUGAAAGUCACAUCAGAUGUAUGAUGUACGAGUGCCAUAGACCUCAUAGUUUCAUUGUUUGUUUUGAUCCUGUGUCAUUUUCUUUUGUAGUUAUUUGGAUUUAUAUGUUAUGUGUAUCCGAGCAGCAACAUUAAGUAGCAUUAAACCAUGAGUGUAUUUGUCAUGGGAAUGUUUACUUUGACUUAUUUGGAUCUGUGUGUUUUCUGGGGCCACUCCAUCAGGAGCAGUGAUUUAUGAGUCAUAUGGCAUGAAAGGGCUUGGUACCAUAAUUUGGUACAAUAAGAACAUAUUACUCAUCUUCUCUGCUGGCUCAAAAAACAGCCUUGUGCUCUUUUGGAGGACACUUUUGUGUCAGGGAACUCCAUUGUAGCCUUUUUGUCCUACCUUGAAUUCCACAUCUAUGGAAAAAAAAACAAACACACCUAUAUAAUUCAUGAAACGGCUUUCCUACACUUGUUUAGUGUACGCCAAUAUGAGCUGGAAAAGCUUCAAGUGGCCACUGUGAGGGCCUGUGGGAGUUAUCCAGUCUUCCUCUCGCCUGACUGCUGCUGCAGCUGCUGAUCAAAAGGGCAGUUCAGCUGAUGAGAUGCUGAUCAGAUCAGUUUCACUUGAUCAAACAGAUUUUGCAGCUGAUGCAUCCUCUUUCUGUGUGGUGUGCUGCAGCCUAUAGCUGUUAAUGGCGAAGGAAGUAAAGAAAUAAUUUAGGAAAAGGAAACUAAUCCAGAUUAAAUGAGCAAUAUGAACAGUGUCCAGAGGAGGUUAAAUGACAAAUAGAAAACAACUUUCUUUUUAUGGUAACGUGUGUUCACUUUCCUGAUGUUUUGCAAUGUGAAGGUACUAAUUAUUGGUCUUUAAAAUGUAGCUAAAAGCAGUUUCAUGAUGCAUCUGUUUGUGUGUCUGGCAUUCUCCUUAUAUACUCAUGUGGUGAAAUAAUUUUCAGUGUAACCUCGUGUCCUCUCGUAUGUAAGAUAGUGACAGUUAAUAAAACAGUUUUACAGUAUUGUUUGGAAAUGAAAGAAGAAGUGAAUCUAGCUUCUUCGUGCACUCAGUUACGAAUUAUCAGCACCACACUUCCCCUUAUGUUUAAUACAACCAGUCAGCAGAAGCCCCUUAUGUUUCAUUAGAAACGAUUCUUUGAGGUCAUCAUUUUUAAAGAAGAGCCUGCUUUGGUUAUUACAGAAGGUUUAUGUGCUUAACAGGAGGUUUCCAAGGCAAUUUAUGGUGUCAGGCUGGCUGACCUGCCAUAUGCUUUCGCAGAUGCUGCAGGUUUUCUGUAACUUUUGCAGAUCAGAGGAUGUUCUGUGUUGGUUUGAGAUAAAGCCAAACAUGAAUCUUUGAGAUCCUGCUAAUUACUUCUGAUUUAGGAGAUUUUUCAGAGCCAUUUCUUAGAAGAAUUAGUUUUGUGCAUUUUUUUGAGUGUGAAGGAAUGGGGGUAGGAAUGUACCCUAGCUGUCUGGUGUGAUGAUGCAUUCCAAGCCAUAGAUAAAUAAGCAAGACAUUUGGAUAAGGAUGUUAUGUCUAUUCAGGCCAAGGCCACAUCAUUCCUCCAGAAGCAAUAACAUCUCAUGAAUAACCCAAUGAAGAAAACAAGGAUCCUCAAAGAACAUCUGAUGGUGUAACUCUUUUAAUCCUACUGAAAAACUAUUAUAAAAAAGCCUGCAUGUACUUCUUUAGAUUAAUGGCCAGAUCAGCAGGACUUUACCCUGAAUCAGCCGCGCCUUUCAGUCCUUAUGUUUUGAAACCGUGCCAAGGGAGGACAGGAAAUUGAGAGUCUUUUACUGAAGUGUCACUUUCAUGGUGGAUUUGUGGGAACGUGGGCUAGACGCCUGAGAGUUAUAACUCAUGCUAAGGGUCUGCACUUAGGGGUCUAAAUUUACCUCCCUGCCCUUGCCUGGAGAUGAUAGUAACCAUUUUACAGAGCCACGGUGUCUGCAGAUGUUUUUUUGCUCCGUUUGAUUUAGGAGCAUUAACAAAAUAAUGCUAAACAUAGUUUUCUUCAGCACAGGGAAGGCUAAACACUUAUUUUCUGUGGCACAUUUUUUGUAACAUUUUAUUGCCCCAGAUAAACAUGCCUAGACUUUGAGUAACCAGCUGACCAGUGGACACAAUGCUGUGGCCUUCAUAGAAGCAACUAGCACUUGUGUCAUGCAUGAGCCUCGUCAGCACUCUGGGCCAGUGCAGACGCACACAGUGGUCUCGGUCCAGCCUGAGCGACACUAGGCUUCAUUGUGGUGUCCAGUGUUGAUUCCACUUCUCUUUUCAGAGCGAACAGAAAAUGCUUAGCCACAAUUAAUAGCUAAUAAAAGGUUAAUACCCCACUGUAAACUUAAUUUAGUUGACUUUAGUUUAAAAAGUCACGGAAACUUAUUGGCUUGAAAAAAUUAAGUUACUUAGCAGUUUCAAGCUUCAUGUUUUAGUUGUCGGUGCUUUCUAUUUUUCAGUGAUACACAUUUCAUCAGCAAGUUAACUCAAACAACCCAAUAAUAUUAAAUAGUUGGGCGGGCAGUACUCCGCUUUUUCGAGUUCUAUUUACUCUCAAGGUUUAUAUCUCAUAUAAUUGUGUUUGCUGUAAAUAUUCAUCUGUGUGCAAUGCACUGGUAUCAACACUGAAAACACUCAAUUAUUUUAAAUGGUUGCUUCAUAUAGUAAUGAACAAAUGACUGCAAAUUGGCUCAUCCAUUUUUUAAUACCUUAAUGAAAAAAUGGAUAAGACAACAUUGAGCCAUUUCUGAGCACUCAAAUGGGGCAGCAGACUCUUUAGUCUGUAGGAAUUGAUCUUAGCUAGAUUUACCUAAGAAACUAAGGAUUAUGCAAGUAGUAGUGCAUGUUGCCAGAUUUAUUUUAGUAUGUGUAACAGAUGAGUAAAGUGAACCAAACAAUUUUAACUUAGUGCAAUUGUUAUGUUUUGCAGUGCAUAUAAACCGUAAAUAUUGUUUAUUACCACAUCCUGGGGAAAAAUCCAGUGCAGUUAAAUCAAAUCUGGAAAAGGUUCACAUGUGGAAAUGAAGCCUAGUGUUAGGCAUGCGCUGAUAUGACAAUUUUGUGCUGAUGCUGACAUCCGAUAUUUUUUCAUGUACUUAUCUGCCGAUACCAGUACCGAUGCUGAUGCUUAAACAUUUAGAAAAUGUAAAAACUGGGACUAAAUCCACCUGGUCUAGCAUUACAGAGAAAUAUAACAUUGAUUUCUAUUAGGAUACAAAUGCAGUAAGAUGAAUAAAACACAGACAUUUAAGUGUAUUAGCCCAGGGUCAGCUAAACAUUAUGCUCUUCCAGAGGACAAUAAGUGCAUCAUCAAUAUCAGUUUGAAAUAUUGCAAAUCUAAACAUAAUUUUCUAUAAAAGCAGUAAAAAAAAUUGAAUGCUGCAUUCAUUUAAUCUUAAUUCUGUUGGUGACUAUGUGUAUUUAUUUAUUUUUCUCAGGUGAUUACUGCAAAGUAAAUGUGUGUCAGAAUGGAGGAACAUGUGUGACAGGAGCAGGGAAGGAUCCCUUUAUCUGUAUCUGCUCAGAUGGCUUCACAGGAGAGACCUGCAAUGAGACUCAGGCUGGGCCCUGUCAUCCAAACCCCUGCAAAAAUGAUGGCAUCUGUGAGGUCAUUGCCAACUCACCUAGAGGGGACGUCUUUAGCAGCUAUGUGUGCAGGUGCCAAAAAGGCUUUGAGGGCAUUCACUGCCAGAACAACGUGAACGACUGUGCAGGUCAGCCAUGCCAAAAUGGGGGUCAGUGCCGAGAUCUUGCUGGAGAUUUUACCUGCAAAUGCCCAUCACCUUAUGUCGGAAAGCAUUGCCAACUGCGCUGUAUCUCUCUGUUGGGGUUGGAGGGUGGCGGCAUAGCCGAGUCUCAAAUCUCUGCCUCUUCUGUCCACUAUGGCAUCUUGGGAUUGCAGCGCUGGGGGCCUGAGCUGGCCCGUCUCAACAAUAAAGGCCUAGUGAAUGCCUGGACCUCAGCCUCGCAUGACAAGAACCCCUGGAUCGAGAUCAACAUGCAAAGGAAGAUGCGUUUCACUGGCAUCAUCACCCAGGGUGCUAGCCGUAUGGGCACUGCUGAGUAUGUCAAAUCCUUCAAGGUGGCCUCCAGUUUGGAUGGACGUACAUACACCACCUAUAGAGCUGAGGACCAGAAGAGGGAUACGGUUUUUGUGGGAAAUGUGGACAAUGAUGGCACAAAGACCAACCUGUUUGACCCACCCAUAAUAGCUCAGUACAUCCGCAUUUUGCCCCUGGUGUGCCGCAAAGCCUGCACCCUGAGGAUGGAGUUAGUGGGCUGCGAACUUAACGUGUAUUUGAACACAACAGGUUGCUCAGAGCCACUGGGUUUCAAGUCGCGGCUCAUUGGCGACAGUCAGCUAACAAGCUCCAGUUCCUUCCGCACGUGGGGCAUCGAGGCCUUCACCUGGCACCCGCACUACGCCCGUCUGGACAAGCAGGGCAAGACCAAUGCCUGGACUGCUGCCACCAACAGCAGAUCUGAGUGGCUACAGGUGGACUUGCUGUCGCCUAAGCGGAUCACAGGAAUCAUCACACAGGGGGCUAAAGACUUUGGGAAUGUGCAGUUUGUUUCAUCUUACAAAGUGUCUUACAGUGACGACGGCCAGCACUGGAGCGUGGUGAAAGAUGACAAAACAAAGACUGAUAAGAUCUUCCCCGGCAACAGCGAUAACAACGUGCACAAAAAGAACGUGUUUGAGCCGCCCUUCUACGCCCGAUACGUCCGCAUCCUCCCGUGGGCGUGGCAUGAGCGCAUCACUGUGCGAAUGGAGCUGCUGGGCUGUGCUGAGUAA